AUGGAGUUUUUGUUGUCUCAAAGCUAUUUUUUUCUGAUUUUUCUGGGGUUUAUUAUGUGUGGUUCAUUUUGUGAAGCUAAUCAUACAUUUUAUGCUGGUGGUGAAAGUGGCUGGGUUUUAAAUCCUUCUGAACCUUAUAGUCAUUGGGCAGAACGAAAUCGCUUUCAAGUCAAUGAUACGAUUGUUUUCAAGUUUGAAUUAGGGUCAAAUUCAGCUCUUUUUGUUUACAAAGAAGAUUAUUACAAUUGCAACAAGGAGGAUCCAAUUGUUAUAUUAGAUCAUGGUGAUUCAAGAUUCACAUUUAAUGGACCAGGCACAUUUAGUUUCAUCAGUGGACAUGAAGAUAAUUGUGAAAAGGGCCAGAAACUCAUGAUUGUUGUGUUGUCACCCAAUCAUACUAAAGCCCAAGAAGCCCAAACAUCAUUGAGCCCAACACCUGCUGAAUCCAUUGGCCCAGUUUUAUUACCCGCCCCGACUCCGGCUAAAUCGGGUGCUCCAGCAGGGUUCAUUUCUUGGAGUUUUAGUAUUAGUUUGAUGAUGAUAAUAACAACUUAUUUAUUAUGUAUCUAG